AUGGUUCAGAUCAGCGAGGUCAAGGGCAACAAACGCGAUAACCGCACCGCAGCCCAUACGCACAUCAAAGGCUUGGGGCUGAAGUCUGAUGGGUAUGCGGACACACAGGCCGCUGGCUUUGUUGGCCAGGUUCCCGCACGAGAGUCAUGUGGCGUCGUUGUCGAUCUGAUUCGAGCUCACAAAAUGGCCGGUCGAGGUGUUCUGUUAGCUGGUGGCCCAGGAACAGGAAAGACAGCUCUGGCGCUUGCAAUCAGUCAGGAAUUGGGUACUAAGAUUCCCUUUUGCCCGAUUGUUGGCAGCGAGAUCUACUCGUCCGAAGUGAAGAAGACCGAAGUCUUGAUGGAGAACUUCCGAAGAGCGAUUGGCCUCAAGGUCCGGGAAACGAAGGAGGUAUACGAGGGCGAGGUUACCGAACUUACACCAGAAGAGGCCGAGAACCCACUGGGCGGCUACGGAAAGACCAUCAGCACGUUGUUGAUUGGAUUGAAGAGUGCCAAGGGCCAGAAGAAGCUUCGGCUCGACCCCAGCAUUUACGAGGCUAUUCAGAAGGAGAGAGUCACUGUUGGCGACGUCAUCUACAUCGAGGCGAACACUGGCGCCUGCAAGAGAGUGGGACGAUCCGAUGCGUAUGCCACCGAGUUCGAUCUCGAGGCCGAAGAAUACGUGCCCAUCCCCAAGGGUGAGGUGCACAAGAAGAAGGAAAUCGUGCAGGACGUCACAUUGCAUGAUCUUGAUGUUGCCAACGCCAGACCACAAGGCGGCCAGGAUAUCAUGAGCAUGAUGGGCCAGCUGAUGAAGCCCAAGAUGACAGAAAUCACCGACAAACUACGUGCCGAGAUCAACAAGGUUGUCGGGAAGUACAUUGAUCAAGGCGUAGCCGAAUUAGUCCCAGGCGUCCUAUUCAUCGACGAGGCUCACAUGCUCGAUGUGGAGUGCUUCACUUAUUUAAAUCGGGCAUUGGAAUCACACCUCGCUCCCAUUGUGGUUUUGGCAUCCAACCGUGGAAUGUCCACAAUAAGAGGCACCGACGACGUUGUCGCGGCUCAUGGAAUUCCUCCCGACUUCCUAGCCCGGAUGCUCAUCAUCCCCACCUCCCCAUACUCGGCAGACGAGAUCAAAAAGAUUGUCAAGCUCCGGGCCACGACAGAGGGUGUGUCUGUUACGGACGCUGCCAUCGACAAAAUUUCCGAGCACGGUGUCCGCGUCAGCUUAAGAUACUGCCUGCAACUGCUGACACCCUCAAGCAUUCUUGCCAAGGCGAAUGGCCGUACUCAGAUUGACGUCCAGGAUGUGUCCGAGUGCGAAGAUCUCUUCCUCGACGCCCGCCGUAGCGCCUCGCUACUUGCUAGCGAAGCGGGACGGGGCUAUCUCUAA